AUGAAUCUUUCCACGAAUUUCUUCUACUCAUGUACCAGCCUUGAGUGGCAAAGCUCAAAAACCAACUGCUCGGAUGACAAAUUCCGGUGCAAGAGUGGCCGCUGCAUCCCGAGGCACUGGCAGUGCGACGGUGAGAAAGACUGCUCGGACGGCUCGGACGAAGACUCGGAGAAGUGCCUAAGCAAAGUGUGCUCAUCGGAGGAAUUCACCUGUCGCAGCGGAACCGGAACCUGCAUUCCGCUGGCCUGGAUGUGCGACCAGAACCGGGACUGUCCGGACGGAUCGGACGAAUCGAGCUGCAAACCUCGCCGGAAUCUCCAGAGGGAGGGAGAAUUUGCCAAAGACAACCGAAAAACGGCGCAGCACUUCAGGCACAAUUAUAGCGCGUAA